UGAAAAUGGCGGGACGACCGGCUUCGCUUUAGUUCGUCUGCACACACUGUGUUUUGUUGACACGCGAGUAAAGGUAUAUAAACCAUUUAUUUUUUCAAAAUAAUAAGAAGAUGGCAGUCGCCGAAUUGGAAGAGCUGAAAAAUCAUUUUAAAACUCACACUCGAACGAGGGAAGUCUCUGCACAUUCGGCCAAGGUUCACACGGUUGAUUGGAAUUGCGAUGGAAGACGGUUAGCGUCGGGUUCCUUUGACAAGACGGUGUGCAUUUUUACUAUGGAAAGCGACAGACUGGUUAAGGAGCAAACGUUUGUGGGACACAAUGACAGUGUCGAUCAGCUAUGUUGGCACGAAACCAAUCCUGAUUUACUCAGCACCGCCAGUGGAGACAAAACCAUGAGAGUUUGGGAUGCAAGAGUUAAAAAGAGUGUCGCCACAGUAAACACCAAGGGAGAAAAUAUCAACAUCACGUGGUCACCUGAUGGAAAUUCCAUUGCAGUGGGAAAUAAAGAGGACCUUGUUACUUUUAUUGAUGCCAGAAAUUUUAAGAUUAAAAUAGAACAUCCGUUCAAGUUUGAAGUCAACGAAAUAGAAUGGAACAAGGCCAGCAAUCUUUUCUUUUUGACUAGUGGGCAAGGCUGCAUCCACAUAUUAGAUUAUCCAGAGCUUACGACCGUUCACGUCACACAGGCUCACCCCGCCAACUGCAUUUGCAUCGAAUUCGACCCCACUGGACGGUACUUUGCCACUGGGUCGGCCGACGCCCUAGUCUCUCUGUGGGAUGCCGAUGAAAUUGCUUGUUUGCGCACUUUCUCCAAGUUGGAUUGGCCAGUUCGGACAUUGAGUUUCAGUCACGAUGGGUCCAUGUUGGCGUCCGGGUCAGAGGACUUGUUGAUCGACGUCAGCCACGUAGGUACAGGCGAGCGCGUUAUCAGCAUUCCAGUUGACACGCCAACCUUUACAGUCGCCUGGCAUCCACGCUCUCACCUGCUGGCCUACGCCUGUGACGAUAAAGACGACGGAAACAGAGACGCCGGAACUGUGAAGCUCUUUGGUCUCUCUAACGAGUGAUUAGCCCAUACGAAUCAAAACUAGGAGGUCUCGUGUUUUAUACAGAAUCCAGCUUUUUUUUUUUAAAUUUUUUCACUUGCAGAUUUUCUUGUUUACUCUUGUCAAGAACUAUUUGCCAAGCUUACAAACUUCAACUGUGUUGAGAGAUAUACAAGUAAAAUGGAUCUCAGAUCAGAGAUCUUUUCCAGAAAA